ACAUGCAAGGGGCCAUCACGCGAUCUACCGUGAGAUGUGUGGACUGAUGCGCCGGGGCUGUUUUGACGCUUACCAGAAACAUAUGUAUACUUACUCGCAAUCGGGUCACCAAACACACGCUCGCUCGUUGCCCUAACGGAUGUAGGGGAUUGAACAGUCACUGACCACUUAUUAACCCUUCUUAAACAGCCUGUGAAACUGACCAGUCGGAUGGUCAUCUAUUUGCUGGAUUUUGGCUGUAGUAGAUCUUUGAUGCAAAAACAAGAAAAUGAACUUCUGGAUAAUUUUGCUUGUGUUGGUUUCUGUGCUGAAGGUAGUUUCCGGUACAGCCCAAAUCGAGAUCCGCUUGCUGAGGUAUGUAAACCCCGGCGGUAAGGGCGACAAUGGUCAUCCGUGUGACGGACGCUGGCUAUUUAACGGAAGUCCGUGUGACCACAAGAUUAUCCUGUGCGUGGACAGAGCUGGCGGCUCGUCUUCCAUCAACCGUUGCGCCUAUGGGCGAGCGGAUACUGGGGAGAUCAGCAAUGCCGACACCAUCACCUUCGCGGGCCGCGCGGGACGUCUCAGUAACCCGUUUUCCUUUAGAUUGUCAACGUGGCCGGGGACAGUGAAGAUCAAGGUGAGAGUCACGGAUAUCGAUGACAACAGUGAUGAUUUUGUUGAUUUCAUGCAAAAUCAGUUUUCGACCACUGAGGUUACCUAUUCACGAACACAUCGCGUGGUCGUCAAACGAAGAACUACUCUUUCGAUGGUCAUCCGGGUGUACUGUGAUCAAAAUUACUAUGGCCCGCAAUGUACUACAUUCUGUCGUCCCAGAAACGACUGGAUGGGGCAUUACAAGUGUGACGGAACCAGUGGAGCCAAGAUCUGCUAUCAAGGAUGGAGGGGCCAGACCUGUAACCAACGUGUAAACCUCUGUGGCCCGUGUCAACACGGCUCCUGUGAUCGAACGGCGUCAGUCUACAGAUGUGUGUGUGACUUCGGCUACAAAGGAACUAACUGUGAGACCGAAAUUGACCAGUGCGUCUCGAAGCCUUGUCGGAAUGGUGGUCAGUGCUCUACCUUUGUCACGAACUAUAUCUGUCUGUGUCCCACUGGCUGGUACGGCUCCAUCUGCGAUAAUGACGUCAACGAGUGCAAUUACAACAGCUGUCGUAAUAAUGGCACAUGUGUGAACACACUUGGUUCGUACAGAUGCAAGUGUGACAAAGGGUGGACGGGAACGCACUGUGACAUCGACGUCAAUGAAUGCGCAAUAGGCGAUCCAUGUAACGCAAACGCUUCUUGCAUCAACGUUCCUGGAACGUUUGAAUGUGUGUGUUCCGAAGGAUUAUCUGGGGGUACUUGUGAGGACAUAAAUGAAUGUUUAGAGGACAAUCCUUGUUUUGGAAAUGCCACGUGUAUCAAUGAACAUGGAUCGUUCCAAUGUUUCUGCCCGGAGGGGUGGACAGGAGAUCAAUGUGACAUAGAUGUAAAUGAAUGUGAGAACAACCCCUGUCUGUCCAACUCAACUUGUACAAACCUUGAGGGGUCCUUCGUCUGUGUUUGCCCAGCAGGAAUGAAUGGGACCUACUGUGACCUAGAUAUCGACGAAUGUGCCAACUCGCCAUGUGUUGGAAACUCUACAUGCGUGAACCAAGAUGGCUCUUUCGUUUGCUCAUGCGCUAAAGGGUUUGCAGGUGUCCUGUGUGAGACCGACAUUGACGAGUGUGCCAGUGCCCCUUGUGCCAAUAACGGGUCGUGCGUGGACCACGUGGGGACCUAUUCCUGUGAGUGUCAUAGUGGCUGGGCAGGAGAUCUGUGUGAGGAAGAGAAGGACGAAUGUGAAGGUAAACCGUGUAACAAUAAUGGCACAUGUACUGAUUUGUUUGAUGAUUUUGACUGCUUCUGCGCAAGAGGUUGGACGGGUAAAGCAUGUGAUGACGACAUCAACGAAUGCUUGGUGAAUGAUCCUUGUUCUUACGAUGGAAAUUGUACAAAUGUAUUAGGGUCAUUUACAUGCGAAUGUCCGCCAAACUGGGAAGGUCCUACUUGUGAUGAUGAUGUCGAUGAAUGCUUGUUGUCUCCAUGUGAAAAUGGUGGCUCAUGCGACAAUCGGAUUGGUCGAUAUUCGUGUUUGUGUAGCGAUGGGUUUACUGGUCAGGACUGUGAUGUUGAUGUUAACGAGUGUGUACAAAACCCUUGCUUCAACAAUGGAACCUGUCUGAAUAUGAACGGUGACUAUGUCUGUACGUGUCCCCCUGGUUGGAGUGGUGUAAACUGCGGCCAGGAUCAAGAUGAAUGCGACACGAGUCCUUGUUCUAAUGGAGGAUCGUGUGAAAACACUGAGGGAUCAUUCACCUGCAGUUGUUCAGUAGAUUACUCGGGAAGAUUAUGUGAGACAUUCAUCGACAAUUGUGCCGGUGAUCCAUGUUUAAAUCACGGUAACUGCACGAGCGCUCAAGGUACCUUUAGAUGUGAUUGUUCAAGUUCUUGGACGGGCGAAAGAUGCAACGAUGACGUAAAUGAAUGUGAGAGAAAUCCAUGCCAAUUUGGGUCCACGUGCAUCAACAAGAACGGAUCCUUCACGUGCCAAUGUCCACCGGAAAUGACUGGACCAACAUGUACCACAGAUGUCAACGAAUGCUUAUCGAAUCCGUGUAUUAACGGCGGUGAUUGCGUUAACAAUGUUGGAUCAUUCCAUUGUGAAUGUCAUCUAGGUUUUAAAGGGCGUCUUUGCGGCCAGAUAGACUUCUGUGGGUCGUCUCCUUGUCGACACAACAGCACAUGUGUCUCCGAUGGAAGUCCCCGCUGUAUUUGUCCGAAAGAAGUAUUUGGAAAAUUCUGUGACAUCAUCCUGAAAAACGCAUGCAUUGAUGAUAACACAGAUCCGGUUAUGGUAAAUGUCAAUGGUGAUCUCGAUACAACUGGUCUGGAGGCACUCAACACCACGCUGCUACAGGCUUUAAGCAACGUGUUUGCUAUUGCCGCGGGGGACAUACGCCUAGUGUUAACCCCUGAACACUCGGCUGAUACUGACAAUAAACCCAUGACAACUGUUCUCGUAUCUGCCUUCGUGAAGGAUGUUCAGAUAUGCCAAGAUGAAUUAACAAAUGUAUUCAACACAGAACAUAUUUUGGACAAUGCUUUGACACUUCCUGCUACCGUAAUAGUUCAAAAGUCCAUUUCUGACGGAAGAGUUGGCAAUCUUCAAAGCACUGCUGUCUUUGAAACUAAGGAAAACUGGUUAAUCUCCCGCUGGUAUAUAUUAGCAGUGAUAGCGGGUGUAUUCAUUGCUCUGGUAGCCAUAGCCACUGUGAUAUACAAACACAGGCGACGACCAAAGACAAUGGUUAUUGCUGGGAGAAACGGUUCUCUUUACCGUAACGGGAGUCUGACCAUGCCUGAGGAUACAGGGGACGAAACGAGCGCAAUAGCCAGUCUAUCGUUCGAUAAUGUUCUUUAUACCACAUUCCAGCCCCAGGGACCAACCCCUCCCCCAGCCACUUGUGACAAUGAUGACGUGUGCACGUGAUAAAACAUCGAACUAUCAAAUUAUUGUCAGGGGUGACAACAAACUAUCACGUUAUUGUCAGAGGUACAUGUAACAACAAUGUAUCUUAUUAUAGUUGGGGCUGACAUCGAACUAUAAACAAAAAAAUGGGGGGGGGGGGGGGGGGGGGAUGUGUGUAGGGUGUAAGCAAUAUUCUGUUUACUAUAGGAAUGAUUUGCAAAUGCAGAUUAUUUUGUUUAUUUUUAAUGCCUUUUUUUUCUCGUAUUAUGUUUUAUCUUGCCUGUACAUUGGA